AUGGGAAAAAGAGAGAUGUUUUAUGUUCCAAUGAAGAAUCGAUUGCUGCGCUGUCCCUAUUCUUUCAGAGCACCUUACUAUUCCCAAGCAAACUGUGCAAUUAACCAUGGAAUGAGCGCUUCAUUUCUGGAUGAAGUGCUUGAAGUCACUGGAAAACUUUUCAAACUUCCAUUGGAUGAGAAAAGGACAUAUUCCAGGGAUGAAAACGGGAUUGACGGCUAUGGGAAUGAUGUAAUCUAUUCAGAUCGUCAAACCCUUGAUUGGAAUGAUCGGCUGUAUCUUCAUGUGCUCCCGAAGAGUAUCAGAAAAUUUGAAAAAUGGCCUCGCCCUCCUCAAAAUUUAAGGGAAAUCUUACUUGAAUUCACAGAAAGAUUGCGGGUGAUGAAUGAAAUCAUUGUUAAGGCCAUGGAAAAGUCACUUGACUUGGAAGAAAAUCGUUUUCUUGAUCAAUUUGGUGAAAGUCCCAUAGUCCUUGCAAGGUUUAACUUCUACCCUCCAUGUCCAUGGCCUGAUCGCAUACUUGCAGCCAAGCCGCAAGGAGAUGCGUCAGGAGCCACUUAUCUCUUGCUAGACAAAGAAGUGGAAGGCCUUCAAGUCUUGAAAGAUGAUCAGUGGUAUCUAGUUCCACUUACUCCCAACGCCAUUGCCUUUAAUGUUGGUGAUCAAGUUGAGAUAAUGACUAACGGGAUCUAUAAGAGCCCCAUACAUAGAGUAGCAACAAACAGAACAAGAGAGAGAGAGACUCUGGCUUUGUUCUUUGCUCCUGAACCAACAAGGGAAAUCAAACCGGUUGAAGGUCUAAUCAGCAAUAAAAACCCGAGGAUGUACAAAAAUGUCACAGAUUAUUCACGAAACUAUUUUGAGUAUGUUCAGCAGGGAAGAAUGCCAAUUGAUGCAAUGAAACUUUGA